AUGACAGCCCUCCCUCCGUUCGGUGAUGCCGUCCCCCUUGGCGAUCCCGCCUGGUACCAGGGCCUGAACACGCCUUUCUACAAGCCCACGCAUGCUGCCUGGCGGAAGUAUGUGCGCGACUACUGCGAGGAGGUUCUGGAGCCGGUGCUGGACGACUGGGAGCAGUGCGCGGUGAAGGGCAACUUGGACAAAUGCCACGAGUACAUGCACCAGACCUAUGCCGAAGGCGGCAAGCGGGGAAUCCUGGCCUGUGCCGUGGGCAAGCCUUGGCCCAAGGAUUACACGAACUGCACACCACCGGAGGAUUAUGACAACUUCCACGAGCUCAUCGUGAUCGACGAGACCACGCGCAUCAGCGGGGGCAUCUCUUGGGCGGUGCUUGGGGGCUUGAGCAUCGGCCUGCCUCCAGUGGUGAACUUCGGAGUUCCGGGCGACCGAGAUCUUCAAGCGCGAUGCAUCAGGGAGUGCCUCAGCGGGGAGAAGGUCAUCUGCCUCUGCAUCACGGAGGCCUCUGCAGGAAGUGAUGUUGCUGGCUUGGCAUGCCGCGCCGAGGAUGCCGGAGACCAUUUCCUGGUGAACGGCGAGAAGAAGUGGAUCACCAACGGCAUCUACGCCGAUUACUUCACGGUGAUCGUGCAGACCGGACCGCCCGGCUCGCGCCAGAAGGGCUUGAGCAUGCUCCUGCUGGAGAGAUCCAUGCCGGGAAUCGAGACGAGGAAGAUGGACUGCACGGGCAUGUGGUCCAGUGGCACCACCUUUAUCACCUUCGACAACGUGAAGGUGCCGAAGACCAACAUCAUCGGCAAGCUGAACGGUGGCUUCAUGCAGGCGAUGUACAACUUCAACCACGAGAGGUGGAUGUUCCUCGUCCAGGCCAACCGCGGAGCCCGCGUCUGCGUGGAGGAGUCCCUGAAGUUCGCACGCAAGCGACGGACGUUUGGCAAGUUCCUCAUCGAGCACCAGGUCAUCCAGCACAAGAUCGGCGAGAUGGGUCGUCAGUGCGAGGCUUUGCAAGCCUGGAUCGACUAUCUGACUUUCCAGCUCACCACCAUGACCAAGGAGGAGCAGAACAAGAAGCUCGGUGGAUACAUCGCCCUGCUGAAGGUUUCGGCCACCAAGACGGUGGAGUACUGCGCCCGAGAGGCCCUGCAGGUCUUCGGUGGUGCUGGCUACACCCGCACCGGCCAGGGCGAGAAGGUGGAGCGUGUGUACCGAGAGGUGAAAGCCUGGGCCAUUCCAGGUGGAAGCGAGGAGAUCAUGCUUAACCUGGCCGCUGGCAGCCUUCGCUUCGUGAAGAGGCCCACGCCGGAUCCCAGGGACGCGACGAUCAAGAAGCUGAAGGAGGAGUUGGAGGGGCUCAAGAAGUCCGGAGCCGGACAAGCAAGGUUGUAA